CCAAAGUUGCUUUAAAUAGGUGGGUAGAAGAAGAAGGUCUUCCUCUUAUUUGCACAGGCACCGCAUCAGUGAAUUCAGGUUAAGCUCCGCACCUCCGCUGUUGCAAUUUGCUUACAUUUGGCAACAAGCUCCUACACCAUGUCUAUUGUCAAGAUCCACGCCCGAGAGAUCUUUGACUCCCGUGGGAACCCCACCGUAGAGGUUGACCUUUACACUGACAAAGGCUUGUUUAGGGCAGCUGUACCAAGUGGUGCAUCUACUGGAAUCUACGAAGCCUUGGAGCUCAGGGACAAUGACAAAUCCCGCUAUCUUGGGAAAGGAGUCUCACAGGCUGUUGAACACAUAAAUUCAACUAUUGCUCCUGCACUUGUUGGCCAAGAUGUAUCUGUGGUUGAGCAAGAGAGAAUUGACCAGAUGAUGAUUGACCUGGACGGCACAGAGAACAAAUCCAAAUUUGGAGCUAAUGCCAUCCUGGGUGUGUCCCUGGCUGUUUGCAAAGCUGGUGCAGCAGAGAAAGGCGUUCCCCUGUAUCGUCACAUUGCUGACCUUGCAGGAAACCCUGAGGUCAUCUUGCCUGUGCCGGCUUUCAAUGUAAUCAACGGUGGCUCUCAUGCAGGAAACAAACUUGCCAUGCAGGAGUUCAUGAUCCUGCCUGUCGGUGCGAGCACCUUCAGAGAGGCCAUGCGCAUCGGAGCUGAGGUCUACCACAAUCUCAAAAAUGUUAUUAAGAAGAAAUAUGGUCAGGAUGCCACCAAUGUAGGCGAUGAAGGUGGCUUUGCUCCAAAUAUCCUGGAGAACAAGGAAGCUCUGGAGUUGAUAAAGGAGGCCAUUGCCAAAGCUGGAUACACAGAUGAGGUUGUGAUCGGCAUGGACGUGGCAGCAUCUGAAUUCUACCGGGACGGAAAAUACGACCUGGACUUCAAGUCCCCUGAUGACUCGAGCCGUUACAUCACUCCUGAUGAGCUGGCUGAGCUCUACAAAAGCUUCGUGAAGGAUUAUCCAGUGGUUUCCAUUGAGGAUCCUUUUGACCAGGAUGACUGGGCGGCCUGGACCAGCUUCACUGGAAGCACGGACAUCCAGGUUGUUGGAGAUGAUCUCACAGUGACCAACCCCAAUCGCAUCAGCAAGGCUGCAGAGGAGAAGGCCUGCAACUGUCUACUGCUCAAAGUCAAUCAGAUUGGAACAGUUACUGAGUCUAUGCGAGCGUGUAAGAUGGCUCAGGAGAGCGGCUGGGGUGUGAUGGUUAGCCAUCGCUCUGGUGAAACUGAGGACACCUUCAUAGCAGAUUUGGUGGUCGGCUUAUGCACUGGACAGAUCAAGACUGGGGCACCCUGUCGCUCUGAGCGCUUGGCCAAAUACAACCAGAUUCUGAGAAUUGAAGAGGAGCUGGGAGCCGAGGCUUGUUUUGCUGGAAAAAACUUCAGAAACCCACUGAAUAAGUAAAUGGAUGGAGCGUUUACUUGACACACAAAUGGAUUCAUGCACACAAAUCCAUAAAACGCAUCAAAAUGAUAAUGGUUAAUGUAGAACUAAUCAGGUGCUAAUGGUGGUAAUUAAUUUAUAGAGAGAACAUAAUGGUAUUAAUGUAUUUGUUACACUUGACCAUAAAGUCUUCUACUGUAUUCUGCGCUGUUUGUUUCACGUGGGAUAAAAUAAUAGACCUAAUUAUAGCCUGAAUAAUAUUGAUUUACCACACUGGCAAACUGUAAUUAGAAAAGUUGCACUUGAGAUGCACAAAAUAAAAAUGUAUAAUAAAUGAUAAUAAGAUUUUAAAAAUG